GUUACAAUAUUUAAAGCAGACACAUCUGCAGCGGUAAUUUAUACAGAAAAAAAAUACACCAAAAUUGAUCAGAUAUAAAAAUUAUAUACAUAUAUUUUGGUUGUAUAACAAACAGAAAGAAUAGAAAUAAUGUCGGACGACUUUGCUCCCAUAAAGUCCUCAUUGAAGGAUCCUUCUGUCUUGCCUCUCGAGAUGCCAACUGCGCUGCCCGUUUGCCGGAAACCUCGUCCGGAUCUCAACUCGCUGACAGUGCGCCAGUAUCUGGAUCAGACGGUUGCGCCCAUUUUGCUGCACGGCCUACAGGCGCUGGCACGUGAGAGACCCACAGAUCCCGUUAGCUAUUUGGCAACAUAUUUGUUGAAGAACAAAAAUCGAUGCGAAGAGAUCAAUGCCGAUGCAAUGUAAAUCGUUUUGUUGAUAACUUUUACACACGCACACAUAAUGUAUUUCAAGUUUUGUUAACUGACAAACGCUGAUAUUCGCUGGUUUUGAUUGAACCGAUUUCAACGUACACAUUUUAGAGCUGUCUGCCCACUUGUCUAACAAACAAUACAACCCAAACGUUACACUCACCAAAUGUACGCUCUGCAGCCACAUGAUUUAUUCGAUGUUCCUUGUUACAGCUUACGACCGACGCACAACAAUUAAAAAUACACUUAGUUUACACAAAUAAAUAUUAAUUUGUCGCUGUAUUUUACACGGUUGCUGCAC